AUGGCAGCAGCUUUAUCUUUAUCAAAUCUUUUGCAUCCUACCCCAAAUCAUUCAUAUAUGCAACCAAAUUUCACCCAUUUGUACGAUGCAGCUCAUGAUCCUUCUAUGUCUAUGCGUUCUAACGCGUCUGUAGACAGGCAAAAUGCUCCUAGACCUUACAAAUGUAACAUAUGCCAUAGGGGUUUUUAUAGAUUGGAACAUCAAACUCGUCACAUUCGUACUCAUACUGGUGAAAAACCUCAUCAUUGUGAUUUUCCUGGUUGUGAAAAACGAUUUUCUAGAUCUGAUGAAUUGACUCGUCAUAAACGUAUUCAUUCAAAUACAAAUAAAAAAGAUAAACGGAAACAGCAACAAAAAAUGACUGUUGAAUUCAAAAAUAAUGCUUUCCGAGUAAUUUCUAAUGAUAAUAAUGAAUUCAAUUUGAUGAGUCCACCUUUAUCUGCCGUUUUUGAUGGUCAGGCUCCUUCACCUCAAAUGUGUAAUGAUAAUGGAUCCGAUGAAGAACAUGAUUUCAUACCAACGCCUGUUCAUACACCUGGUAUUAGUCCUGAACCAUCACCAAAUUUGGGUCCUUUGGCCGAUUCUGAUUCUUUUCAUGCCCAAACAGUAAAUAAUGCUCUUCUUCCAGGAUUUGGUAGAAUGAGUAUCGAAAAUUAUGAAUGGAAACCCCAAUGUCAUUCUAAUUUUACUAUUAUGACACCUACCCCCGUAUUAUCGAAUCGUAUCAGUGAUAUAGUUAAUGAUCCGACAUUUUCUCCAAGGGCCAGAGCUUUACCACCACUUACGAAUAAUAAUAACACCGUUCCUACUGCUAAUUCUACCACUGGUUCUAUUGGUUCUAUUGGUUCUAUCGGUGUUAAUAAUUCCUGUUUUGGAAUAUUCAAUAACAACGCAAAUACUUUCGAUUAUGGUCGUCAAUAUCAAAAUUUACCUCCUUUUAG